CUGAGCUCACUACCGGUCUCUUUUCGGCUUCGCUGUGACAAGCAUGGCUGACACUGGUCUUGUAGAAACGCUUCUUCAGCGGGUGGAAAAGGUGGACGGUGGUCUCGACAGUCAGGAUGUUGCAACCAGUCUUGGUGUGGACCACCAAGCUAUCGUCGGGGCUGUGAAGAGCCUACAGGCACUUGGUGAUGUGAUCUCAGCUGAGCAGCGAUCCUCGAAGCACUGGGAGCUGACUGGGGAAGGCUGUGAGAUAGCCGAGCAGGGCAGCCAUGAGGCCAGAGUCGUCAGCUCCAUCCCAGAGGAAGGGAUGCCUCAGAGUCAGCUCAUGAAACUAGCCUUUGGGAAGGUGGGUUUCAGCAAGGCCAUGUCCAACAAGUGGAUCCGUCUGGACAAGGGCCACGAGGGCGGCCCCAGGAUCUUCAAGACUGUGGAGCGCUUAGAAGACUUGGUGAGGGACAAGUUGCUCCUGGUACAGAAAGGCCAGGCGUCUCAACUGGAGGAGAAGGAGAAGAAUGAGCUGAAGAAACGCAAACUGCUCUCUGAAGUGACGGUCAAGUCCUAUUGGAUCACAAAGGGCAGCUGUUUCAGCACCACCAUCACCAAGCAGGAGACAGAGCUCACCCCAGAGAUGAUCGCUAGUGGGAGCUGGAAGGAGAAGAAGUUCAAGCCUUAUAACUUUGAGGCCAUGGGUGUGGCCCUAGACUGUGGCCACCUGCAUCCGCUCAUGAAGGUCCGCACGCAGUUCAGACAGAUCUUCCUGGAGAUGGGCUUCACUGAGAUGCCCACCAACAACUUCAUUGAGAGCUCCUUCUGGAACUUUGACUCCCUGUUUCAGCCCCAGCAGCACCCAGCCAGGGACCAACACGACACCUUCUUCCUGUCUGACCCAGCUCAGGCCCAUGAGUUUCCCCAGGACUACCUGGAGAGAGUGAGGAAGGUCCAUUCAGAGGGAGGCUUUGGAUCACAGGGGUACAAGUAUGACUGGAAGAUUGAGGAGGCUCAGAAGAACAUCCUCCGUACUCACACCACAGCAGUCAGCGCUCGCAUGCUGUAUAAACUCGCUCAGCAGGAAAAUUUCACCCCUGUCAAGUACUUCUCCAUCGACAGAGUAUUCCGUAAUGAAACUCUGGAUGCCACCCACUUGGCAGAGUUUCACCAGAUUGAGGGAGUGGUGGCUGACUUUGGCCUUACCCUGGGUGACCUCAUGGGCAUCCUUCAUCAGUUUUUCAAUAAACUAGGAAUCACCAAAUUACGCUUUAAACCGGCCUACAAUCCAUACACCGAGCCGAGCAUGGAAGUGUUCAGCUAUCAUGAAGGGCUGAAGAAGUGGGUGGAGGUGGGGAACUCUGGGAUGUUCAGGCCAGAGAUGCUGCUGCCUAUGGGGCUCCCUGAGGGGGUGACGGUCAUCGCCUGGGGGCUGUCUCUGGAGAGGCCCACCAUGAUCAAGUAUGGCAUCAACAACAUCCGUGAGCUGGUGGGACACAAGGUCAACCUACAGAUGGUCUACGACAGCCCUGUGUGUCGACUGGACUCUUAGAUUCUGUUCAGGCUUCCACUUGGACAGGCUCACAUUACCAUACACAUCCCAUCCAAGGCCUGUGUCAUCAGGACCCCUUUGCUCAUUAGUAACCACAUGAACACUGAACAAUCCCACAAACCCUUAAUCUACCCUGGCCAGAGACUGCCAGAGAGACAGAUCUGUCUGUUUGAGAGGGUGGGAAAGAGGACUUACUUUUGUCCUUAUAGCUUGUCUGGGAUUCUAGCUGGAUUAUUGCUGCUGUUUAGAAAGUGAUACACAUAUUAUACUUUAAACUUAAUUUAUGAAACAGUGAUAACUCAUCAUUGGUCCUAAUCAGUAUCUAUGCAUGUGCUGAGGGGUAGGUAGUGCUAGUACUGUGUUCUCUGCUGAUGUGUGCACUACAUCAGAGCAUAAGGAACUUCACCAGUGAGUCUUUUUUUAAUUUAAACGUUAGAACGCUGUACAGCUGCUACCUUUGAGCUCCUAUGUAAUGAAAUGCUUGUACAGUAAAGAUGCUAACUUGAAGCCCUUUAGCCUUCCAUACAAAACCAACCAACUCUGUGCUGUGUCCACUCAGUUCAUGAGACAAAUUAGAAAUAGUCAAAUAAAGAUGUGUUUGAAAGGAGCACGAUUUACGUCGUCAGUCUAAUGUAAUCCCCAUUGGUAAUGCUGAGCUUUUGUUAUUCUACUCUGGCUGUGCCAGGUCCGGUUUUAAACCUGUCAGAAGAA